AGAGGAAGAGGAGGAGAAAGAGAAGGAAGAGGAAGGGGGGAGGCACUCAGGCCCAUCCCCCGGCUGCUGCGGCAGGCCGGGGCCGAAGGACCGGCCCGGCUCGGCAGAAUGACUGCCUUCUGCCUGAUGAAACUUUUCUGUCAAGCAACCAGAAAUGAGAGUAUAUGCUCAAAAAGAUUCUUCAGUACUCUUCUAACACAGACACCGCAAGACGGGGGCUUUUCUCCAUUAUGGUGGGGAAAUGCGCCUAGAAUGUCAACUGUGUUUGGACUUAAAGCAUUUUGUACAGCUGAAAAACCUCACACAGACCCAAAAAGGAAAGCAGCCUUUGGAAGUGUUGGGCGAAGAAUUCCCUACCGCAUUUUGCACGUCAUCAGCCAGGAUGGAGAGAGCUUAGGGAAUAUGCACCGAGCAGAGGCACUCAAGCUUAUGGAUAAACAUGACCUGAAGCUAGUUCUUCUUCAGGAGAAUGCAGAACCUCCUGUGUACAGACUAAUGACUGGGCAGCAGAUUCAUGAGGAGCAGAUGAGACGUGCCGAGAAGAGAAAAGCAAGUCCAAAAGCAGUGGUGGUUCAGAAGGAGUUAUCCUUUUCUUCAUCUAUUGCCAAGAACGACUUAGACACCAAGACUAAACAGAUAGCACAGUGGAUUGAGAAGAAAUGCCACGUUAAAGUUACCAUCCGGCAAGCCAAAGGCAGCAAUGUGGACAUGUUCACACUUUUUGAUCAGAUUUUAGAGACUGUGUCUGAGAAAGCCACUUAUCUUUCCAAGCCAAGAGCUGCCAGAGAAGGAGUGAGUAUUUGCAUCUUGAGACCUAUGUCUGAAAAAGAGCUGAAGGCACACCAGAAGGCAGAACAGCAGAAAGACAGUACAGUAAAGAAAGAUGAAAAUGAAGAUCUGAAGUGAGUUGCAUCAGUGACUUUAUGAAGAGGUGUAAACAAUCUUAAUUGCUUAUAAAAAAAAACCAAACCCAAACUGUGAACAUAAUAAAUUUAUUGUUGAGCUUUGCA